AUGGAAACCACAGCAAUGGAAUCGGCGGAUGUUUGUCUCGGUGAUUUCAGCCACAACAAGAUGAUGAUGGCUCUUGUGGAACACUACGGCUCGAUACCCGAUCGAGACCUUGCUGUAUCAUGGUUCUCGACCUCGGAAGACCUGAACUGCGCACCCGUUCGCGCCACCCCUUACCCCUCCGUUGUCGAUCAAUGGUCAUACCAAGAGCGAGCUUUCGGUCUUGACGCUGGAGAUAUCUUCGAUACUCAGAUCCUCGAUAUUGACACUUACGCUACCCCCGAAAGAGAAACUCCCAUGGCUUGUCCUACAAAUGGAAACACCCAAGCCCAAUCUCAGGGCUUGGUACCCGAGAUCUGUCUUAUUCCCGACUCCCGCUCGGGCGUCAGCACCCCUGAGCCACUGCUGACGUUCAACAUGUCCACGCCAAGCGAUAUCGACUCGUUUCUCAGCAGCUCUAACUUGACAGCAUUCGAUGAAGCAGCGAGCCUUUUUUCCGAGAGUCAUUUGUACUUUCAUGGCCCUGCCACGCCAGUGUCGCUAACAUCAUCCUAUCAUCGUCAAGAUGAAUCGACAAUGACGGUUCAAGAACAACCCGUCAUCGAGUAUAACACACCGUCGGGCUUUUUACAAGACUUUGAUGAUGCGUUCGCAGAACCUGAGACAUGUCAGCCUCCGGGGAUGACAAUGCAUGACCGGGUUGAGGUUCCCCCAGCCCCGGAGGCAGCCCUAGAGCCAGCUCCUUCUGCUUCCUCAGGUCCUAUUACAAAAAAUUGGGAGCUCCCUCCGCGUAUCCAACGAAGAAAGAAGGUCAAGCCUCAAAGCAACAAUGGAGUCUCAAAACCCAAACCCGAGCCAACUUGUGAAGGGAGCAAAUCAAGAACUAAACGACGAGGUCCGUAUACUGACGAGAGUAUGAGACUCAACACCGCUCUCACUCGUGUCCUCAAGUCGUGCAUCAGGUGUAGGAUGAACAGGGGUCGUUGCAAUCCCGACCCAUCGGAUCCUAACGGACCGUGUCUCACCUGCAAACGCAUUACCGGCCCAACCCUCUGCAAGAUGCCCUGCUACCGAUACAUCGUCACCGACGCUUCUCUUUACCGCGAGCAGAAACACCCCUCCUUUUCGCAUCGAUGGCAGAGCAUGGACAUCAUCGACAUCCCCGCUAGCGACUGGGAAUCCUCGGACAUCCGUACGAUCGUAGUAUCGCCGGUCCAUGUCGAUGCUCCUUUCGAGUUCCGCGUCCGAAAGUUCAAUCCCGCAGAAGGCGAUGUGGUUCAUGAAAUGUGGAAGACGCCCCAAGGCAUGAAACAGGUCGCUCUACCGCGAUACGCACUGGCAGAGAUGCACGAAGCAGGCGAGACCCUGAAGGCCUACAUUGAAACGAGCGUGUCCAAGUUCAUCGUGGCGACGGUUGGGCAUUUGGAUACCGUCUUCUGGGAGACGUACGGGAUGGCCUUUCGACAUAUCAACGAGGCUAAUACCGGACAAGAACGCAGCCUCAUGUCCAACGUCUUCCGUCUCUGGGUCGUCUGCCGCCUAACCAGCAACCCCGUCUUCAUCUGCGGCCCAGAAACACUCGGCGGCACUCCCAUCACCGAACCGGAGAGCAAGUACUACGGCCGCGUACCGAUGCCCAAGAUCAUGACGGCCCAGUUUGAGUGCAUCGAAUACACGAAUUUCCUGCGCCCCUGGAGCAAGGCCGUGCUGAAGCAGCUGAAUGACCUGGUCCUAGCCAAGAAGAGGGAGUACUGGUUCACCAUCUACCUAGCGCUCUUUGUGUUAUUGCAUAGUUGCUCGAUGGUGACAAGACGGGACGCGGAGACGGCUAGGAAGUGGGGGAUGAGGACCGAGUAUGCAAAUCCCGAGAGCAUCAAAGCUCACCAUGCCGGAGCCCAGACGAUGCUCGCGCAUUUCCACUUCAUCAAUAAGGGCGUGUUGCCGUUCAACAUCCCCCACGAUGAGGCGGGAAGGCAGGAGCUUUCGAAGGCGGCUCGUUUGAGCGACGAACAGCUGGAUUUUGUGUGGAGGACAGGAGAUAUGAUCAGGGAUCCUGCACGAGUCGCACGCAUGAAACACGUUCGCGAAAGGUUCGAUGUUGGGGAUGAUUUCUACUGGGUAUCCAUGCUGUACGAUCGGGAGUGGAAGCCUUUGGGGAAUGACUGA